AUGUGUGAGCGCAGUCUCUACAGAGCGGGCUAUGUGGGCUCGCUUCUGAAUCUGCAGUCGCCUGAUUCCUUCUACUUCUCCAACCUGCGGCCGAAUGGCGGCCAGUUGGCCGCACUCCCCCCCAUCUCAUACCCGCGAGGCGCGCUGCCCUGGGCCACCACACCCGCCUCCUGUGCCCCAGCGCAGCCUGCCGGUGCCACCGCUUUCGGCAGCUUCUCCCAGCCCUACCUGGCUGGUUCCGGGCCGCUCGGCCUGCAGCCCCUGGGCGCAAAGGACGGACCCGAAGAGCCCGCCAAGUUCUAUGCGCCCGAUGUGGCUGCCGGGCCGGAGGACCGUGGCCGUGCGCGGCCGCCCUACGUCCCCGAGUCUAGCCUGGCCCCAGCGGCCGCUGCUCUCAAAGCGGCCAAGUACGACUACGGGGGCGUGGGCCGUGCGGCAGCGGGCUCUUCAACCCUACUCGAGGGGACCCCCUGCGCUGCCGGCUUCAAGGACGACGCCAAGGGCCCGCUCAACUUGAACAUGACAGUGCAGGCGGCGAGCGUCGCCUCUUGCCUGCGACCUUCGCUGCCCGACGGCCUGCCGUGGGGGGCGGCCCCAGGGAGGACCCGCAAGAAGCGGAAACCCUACACCAAGCAGCAGAUUGCGGAGCUGGAGAACGAAUUCCUCCUCAACGAAUUCAUCAACCGCCAGAAGCGCAAGGAAUUGUCCAACAGGCUGAACCUCAGCGACCAGCAGGUCAAAAUCUGGUUCCAGAACCGGCGAAUGAAAAAGAAGCGCGUGGUCCUGCGCGAGCAGGCACUGGCGCUAUACUAG